GAAACUGGUCAACUAGGGGAAGAACUUAAGCUUGCAUGCUUUCUCAAUGAAGACACGUGGAAACGCUCCUUAAGGAUUUAAUUUGGUCCUGUCUCUUUGAGGAUUAUUCAUUUGCCUUUUGGUGGGAUUUAUUCAUUUUGGAUCUACUGUUUUCCCUUUUUACUACUCAUUUUAUGUGGAUUUGCACUAUCAGCCAAGCUAGGACUGUGUUGGAUACAGUGAUUGCCCAGAGCUCUCUUCCUUCCUUUUGUACUUGAUCCCCCCUCAGUGUUCGGAUCAUCGAAUGGACCACCGUCCUACAGCUAGGAGCUGCAGUAGCCGUGGAGCUCCAUCCUGCGAGGCCGUGCCCAGCAGUAGCGAGCCCUCCAUGAAUUUGUACAUCAAUACCACCACUGGGACCCGGUAUGAGCUUUCCGUCCCCCUGGAGGAGACGGUGGAAGGACUGAAGAGGAGGCUGUCUCAGAGGCUUAAGGUUCCAAAGGAAAGACUUACUCUGCUGCACAAAGAAACGCGACUCACUUCUGGAAGUCUGCAAGAUUUUGGCGUUGUUGAAGGAAGCAAACUCACCCUCGUCCCCACUGUAGAGGCAGGCUUAAUGUCACAAGCAUCUAGACCAGAACAGUCAGUAAUGCAAGCGUUGGAGAGUUUAACCGAAACUCAGGUUAAUGACUUUUUGUCGGGGCGAUCACCUCUGACCCUUGCACUACGCGUUGGUGAUCACAUGAUGUUUGUUCAGCUCCAGCUGGCUGCACAGCAGGCGGGCAGUCAGCUUCAACAUCGGCAUGUAAUUGCAAGCAGAGGAGAGAGUGGAAGCAUUACCGCACCAAGUGGACACCUGCACCAUCACCAGCAGCAGCAAAGUGGACACGGUGCCAGUUUUACUCCAAUCCCAGUGCCCGCAUGUCAGCCUAGCACACCUUCCAGUUCUCCCCUUCCACCACAGGUGGCAACUACGUACUGUAAUUCAGCUCACCAGUCACCAGUAACUGCAGGAAUGUUUCGCUCACAUGGUGCUAGCACAUCUGCAACCACUACCAGCAUCUCUUCACCCUGUCCUGAGACUGAGUGCACAACAAAAAGCAACAGUAGCAGUUCAUUCACGAGUAGCAGAUCUCGGAAACCAGGUGCCAUUAUAGAGAGCUUUGUAAAUCAUGCUCCAGGUGUUUUCUCAGGCACAUUUUCAGGCACUUUGCAUCCAAAUUGUCAAGACAGCAGUGGAAGGCCCCGGCGAGACAUUGGCACCAUUCUUCAGAUUCUAAAUGAUCUUUUGAGCGCCACUAGGCACUACCAGGGUGUGCCACAGUCCUUAACACAGCUGAGGUGUCAGACUCAGUGUGCGCCUCCUUCUCCGCCUCCAUCUCCACCUACUCCAGAACUUUCAACUAAAACUACCUCAGACAAGACAACAACGCUGCUGCCACAACCUUUGCAUCCUAUGGCACAGUGCCAGAGUCAGAUUCGGAUGUGUAAACCUAGUGGUGAUCGUUUGCGCCAGACAGAAAACCGAGCAACCCGUUGCAAGGUAGAACGUCUGCAGCUUCUGAUGCAGCAGAAAAGGAUGCGCAGGAAAGCUCGUAGGGAUGCACGAGCACCUUAUCAGUGGGUGCCAAACCGCAAAUCCAGUCGAACCAACAGCAACAGCAGUGUUAGCAGUGAUGGCAGCCUGGAUUUAGACUUUGAAGACUCUGUAUGGAAACCAGAAGUCAAGGCAGACAUGAAAUCAGAAUUUGUUGUAGCAUAAACAGGAAUGGUGAACUAAUAUAUAAAUAAAUGGACUCCACUGGAGAGGAAAAGAAGGGGACCUAUGUUGUGAUUUCAGUGACCAAAGUGUUGCAUUAAGCUUCUCUAAGAGAAUGCUUAAGAAGCUGCAGGAGGGUCUUCUGAAGUCAAGGAUUGUGCAUCAAAGAAUUUGACUUAAUGCACCGAAGUAAAUAUUGAAUGGUGGUUAUUUUCCUGUGCCUGCAGUGGAGUGGACAUGGUGAAGAGUAGGGCAAGGGCAUUUGGAGUGAAUAUACUUCAAAAUGGCUGCCUUAUCAAUAUGUUGGCGGGAACAUUCACAUUACUUCCUGUUGAGAGAGUAAAUUUGGGUUUUAAGCUGCUUGUUGCCAGGUCACACUUAAUUUUGUGAGGAAGGUUAUUCCCUGGGACAUAGUGUCAAGAGAUGUGACAAGUGACUCUGUCAUCCAGUGAACUAAUCGGGAGGCUCUGACCAUUCUGGAGAGGAGUGCACGCGCACACACAUGCAUCCAGAAUAUGUAGCAUCUUUUUCACAUAAAUUCAGGUUCCAGUGAAACUCUUUUUGCACUUUCUUUAAGAUGGUGACAACAGGUGAAUAAACAGUGGGCUGGGGGCAGAUGUGAUAUCAAAAGCAAGAUGGAGUUGAGACACUGUUGGCAGUCCCUGGUUUUCCAGUUCACAUUUUCAUGGCUAUAAAACUGACAGGAAGCACACAAGCAUACCACUGCGUGUGCAAACUGCUGUUCACUGCUUGUGGGGGAGGGUUAAACUCCAAUUAAGUUUUUAUAAAAGGAAAGACACUUUCUUAUUUGGUUUUCUUUGGUCCAGUACAGCCUGUAAUAUGGCUGAAUUUGAGCCUUUUCAUUGUGUUCUAUUAAUUUUUGUAGUUUAUAACUACAUGACUGAGCCAGUAAAGUAGUGUAGACUGUUUAUGCCCCAUUCUUGGAACUCUGUACAAAUUAAACAUUUUGUGUUUUCUGUACAGCCUUGUAUAAGAAAGAAGAUGCGAGUCUGUAAGAGCAGGACAGACUUGGAAAAAUAUGACAGCUGGGUUAUGAGAGCAACUCCCACCCCACAGCCCUCCAUAUAAUGAUUGCUUCUCAUUUUAGGUGUAAACUGCUAAGCUGUUGACCUCAGAACUGCCACUGGGCCCUUAAAGAACUGUGUGGUGUUUUGGAAACAUACUUGCACUUUACAAGAGAUUUAACUCCUGUUCUUUCAGCCGUGACUAGUAGUGCUUUUACUUAGUUACAGGUCCCGUAACUAGUAGUGCUUUUUCUUAGUUACAGGUCUGCAGAGGCUGCAAAGGUGGAUAUGCAUUCGGAAGAGUUUUUCUCCCAAAUCAUUGAUAGAGAAUAUGUGAAAUGUGAUCGCUUUUUUUUUUUUUUUUUUUUAACCCCCUUUGGAAGGAGUCAAACUAGGCUGCCUCUUUCAUUAGGAGGGAAUUUGGCUAAUCAAAUAUUUUAGCUUGUUUUUCUCAUGUGUUGGGAUGGGAAAGAGACUUUUUACUACAGUUGUAUGGUACUUUUUAAUGGAUAACGACAAAAGCUACCUCUUCUUUUUUUUUUUUUUUUUUUUUUUUUCUUUUUUUUUCUUUCUUUCUCUUCUUGCAUUAUCACAGAGAGCACUCACAAAAAGAAUGCAUGCCAUUGCUAGUCUUAGCUUUUCCUUUCUAGUAGGGUGGGUUGAUAAUGGACCCAAGGAAACAGAAGAAAAAGCUUCUUUCCAAGUGCUGUAGUCAACCUUGGUAGGCAGCUUAGUAUGACAGCAAAAUGUUAAUAGUUUAAAAAAAAAGAUGAAAAGGAAAUUUUAGAGUCUCCUUUUGAGAGCACCUUUAUUUGAGGAUCUGUCAAAAGUAUAGGGCUACAAAACUGUUAGCCUACAGGAAGCAGCCACAUUUGCAGGAAAGAGCGUACCAGGACACUUUGCACUGUUCUGACCCCUCCCCCAUAACCCACCACUCUGUUUCCUCAAGACUACAUCUCCACCCAGAGUCAGCAGUGUCUUCUUGCCAGAUUGGUGACACCUGAUCAUGUAAUUACCUUGCAUGGUUCCAUUCUGAGUUGGAGGAGGGAAGAAGUAUGCCUUCAAGCAAGGGUGAAAGCUCAGGGUUCAAUAGAGGUCGACUAGCCAUGCAGGAGGACUUAAUUCAUUCUGUAUGUUGUACGUUUGUAUUAUGCUCUCAGGCCCUUGUCUGUGUAAUACUGUGCAUGUGCUCACAUGUAGGUGGGUGUUCUGUGCAUGCGUGUGAGUAUGCACAUGUGUGAACCUGUGCAUCAGAAACUUUACUUCUUUUUUUGUUUCUCCUUCCUUUUUUGCCCCAUCAUGUCUUCCUUUCUUUACCACACUGGCUACAGUAGGUGGCUGGGGAACCCGUUUGUCUUUUUGAAUUUUUUUUUUUUUUUUAUGGCCAGAUUUGGAAUGUUAAUCACAUUUUUUUUUUUUUUUUUUUUGUGAUUUACUGCAUUGUCUCUCGUAAUCCUUGUGUACCUGUCAGGACUCCAGGUCUAAGGUCAGUGUUGAGAGUGUACACCAUUUAAACUCUGACCUUAUAUUCAUUGUCAUUCGUUUCAUGUGACUUGCACACUUCCUGUUCUUGGAUGUGAACUUCCUCCAUAUAUGUAUUACUGUAGUAUUUGUUUUGUUCAUAUAUUUUUUUUUUUUUUUUUUUUUUUUUUUUUUUUUUUUUUUUUUUAGAUAUACAUAUAAAUAUAUAAAUAUAUUUAAGGGACUUUUUUGUACUGUGUGUUUCUCAUUGUGCCCCUAUCCUGGUUCGAUAACUGAAGCAAAGACAGAGCAUUAAUUUCAUCAGCUUGUUGAUGGGGAAAAUUUAAAUGUUAUCACCUCAUUUAAGUUACUUGUAUUUCUUGUAGCCAAUAUUUGAAAAAAAAUAUACACAUGAAAUAAAUGAAAAUAAAAUUACAAUGUUCUAGCUAGCCUGGUGUAGCGCAAGUGUGGCUGUAUUAAUUUAUAAACCAAAAUGGCAACUGUGAAUUGGAUAUUUAUUUGUGCACUGGGAUGGGUUUGUUCAUUUGGAAUGUGUUGAAUGGGAAUAAUGUGUGUGUGGCCAGGGUUGAUGCAAUCUCCCUUUAAUGAUUUUAUUAUUUUUUUAAAUGGAAGCAAGUUUCCAGUUACUAAGCAAUACAUUUAGUCUGUUUUGUGAUGAUCUUGUGAUAGGCAAGAAGUCUUAACAAUAACAUUUUUAAAUUGGAACCAUACAUACAUACAUAUGCACACACACACACAUACACACGUGUAGAAAAAAUGUCUUUAGCUUUUAUACAUUCUUGAGUGAGACAACUGGCAAGUAAGGCUCUGCAUCUCUAUCCCCUCUCUGUGAGGGUUUAAGGGUAUUCUGUCAUUGUCUUAAUUUUUAUUUUUUUUAAGAUUCCCUUCAAUGCGUGGCCCUAGCACCUGAUUUUUAUUGGAAUUGUACUGACCAUUUUUGUGGUAUUCUUUACAUGUGCAAACUUGUAUUAGGGAUUUUUUUUCUUUUUUAGCUGCUGUAAAAGUACAGCAGCCAUAAUGAUAGACAACAUAAAUAAAAAAAAUUUUUAAAAGACUAAA